GAAAGUGUAAUGCGUUUGACACGAGUCAAGACACUGAUGUGUUUCACACGGAGCUGCUGAAGCUGCAUUAAAUAAACAAUGAAUAUUUCAGAGAGUUCAGUGAAAACCAGCGAUUCACCUGCAAAUCAGCAGGAUGUGUCUCAGCUUAAGAUCGGAUUCAUUGGAGCAGGAAACAUGGCGUUUGGAAUAGCGCAGGGCAUCAUUGCGUCAGGGAAGGUUCCACCUAGUAAUAUAAUUGCUAGUGCUCCAUCCAUGAACAACCUUCCUCGCUUUCAGGAAAGAGGAAUUUCUGUCACUCACUCAAAUGUCGAGGUUGUCGAUCGCUCUCGGUUGGUCUUCCUGGCUGUCAAACCUCACCUCGUCUCAAAGGUGCUGAAUGGAAUCUCCCAGAAUGUCACUCAGGAACACGUCAUCGUUUCCAUGGCAGCCGGAAUCACUCUAGAAACACUUGAAGAGCUGUUGCCUGCUGGUACACGUGUGAUUCGUAUAAUGCCGAAUCUUCCCUGCAUGAUUCUGGAAGGGGCGUUGCUCCUCGCCUGCGGCUCGUGUGCGGGACAGGAGGAGGAGACUCUCCUGAAGACCCUCCUCAGACCGUGCGGAUUGGUGGAGGCGGGGCCUGAGACCUGGAUCGAUGCCCACGUGGGAUUGAGUGGCAGCGGUGUCGCAUUUGUGUAUGUGUUUGCGGAGGCGCUGGCGGACGGUGCUCUUAAAAUGGGGAUGCCCAGUACUCUGGCUCGACAUAUCGCAGCACAGACAAUAGUGGGUGCUGGUUUGUUGCUGCGUGAUUCCGGGAAGCUUCCUGCGGAGCUGAAGGCCGAGGUUUGCACUCCUGGAGGGACCACGAUUCACGGGAUCCAUGCGCUGGAGAAGGGAGGAUUCAGAGCGGCUACGAUAGGAGCCGUAGAGGCGGCGACCGAAAGAGCCAGAGAACUCGGGAAGAAGUAGAGCGAGGAUUCACAUUUAGAGAUGCUACGAUACCUGAAUGUAAAUCAGAUUGCAGGAGGGAUGAUUAACUUAAAACCAUAAAGUCUUAUUUCAUGCACCAAGCAUAUCCAGUAGUCGCUGUUUCAGAGUGUUGAUUACUGAGGCCUUGAUAACAGAUUGGAAGGUGCUUCUUAAAGUUCAAACUUGUGUAUUCUUUGUAAAAUGGAAUAGUCUUAAGGAGCCAAUAUGCAUACAGCAACUAAAACCCAUGUUGGCUGUUAGCUACACGUCUGUUACGUGCUUGAUAUUUUUUAAAGGUACUUGAAUUCAGAAACCAAAGCAGCUCUGAAAUGGGGACAUUUUUACACAUUGAGAAUGUGCUAGAUGAUUUCAGUUUAUGUUCUGCACAUGGAUUCAGAGAAUGCCUAAAAUAAAUGAAUCUGAGAUUCCUUGCUUUCUUUACUUUGUUUUGUAAGCUCUUAGACGUGUAUAUAUAUAUAUAUAUAUAUAUAUAUAUAUAUAUAUAUACUACCAGUCAAAAGAAGGCUCUUCUGCUCACCAAGCCUGCAUUUAUUUGUUCCAAAGUACAGCAAAAACAGUAGCUUUUUUAAAAAAUAUUUUUACUGUUUAAAUAACUGUUUUCUAUUUGAAUAUAUUUUAAAAUGUUAUUUAUUCCUGUGAUUUCAAUCCUGAAUUUUCAGCAUCAAUACUCCAGUCUUCUGUGUCACAUGUCGCAUAUUCUGAUUUGCUGCUCAAAAAAAAUUAUUAGAAUUGUUGUUGUUGUUAUUGUUAUUGUUAUUAUUUAUCUUAAAUAGAAAUAUGUUGUAACAUUAUAAAUGUCUUUAUCAUCAUUUUUGAUCAAUUUAAAGCAUCCUUGCUAAAUAAAAGUAUUAAUUUCAAUCAUAUCUUUCCCCCCAAAAAUAUAUAUGUGACCCUGGACCACAAAACCAGUCUUAUGUUGCACGGGUAUAUUUGUAGCAAUAGCCAAAAAUACAUCGGAAAGGGCAAAUUUAUCAAUUUUUCUUUUAUGCCGAAAAUCAUCAGGAUAUUAAGUAAAGAUCAUGUUCCAUGUAGAUAUUUUGUAAAUUUCCUACUGUAAGUAUAUUAAAAUGUAAUUUUUGAUUAUUAAUAUGCAUUGCUAUGAACUUCAUUUGGACAACUUUAAAUGCGAUUUUCUCAAUAUUUAGAUUUUUUUUGCACCCUCAGAUUCCAGAUUUUCAAAUGGUUGUAUCUGGGCCAAAUAUUAUCCUAUCCUAACAAGCCAUACAUAGCUUUCAGAUGAUGUAUAAAUCUCAAUUUUGAAAAAUUUACACUUAUGACUGGAUUUGUGGUCCAGGGUCACACAUAUAUAUAUAUAUAUAUAUAUUCCAAGCUUCUGAAUGAUGUAGUGUAUAAUGUUACAGAUAAAUAGCAGCACGGGUAUAUUUGAAUAUAUAUAUAUAUAUUUUAAUAUUUGAAGAUAUUUCAGAUAAAUGCUGAUCUUUGGAUCUUUCUAUUCUUAAAAGAAUCCUGGAAAAAAUUAACUUAACUGUUUUAAAUAUUGAUAAUAAUAAUAAUAAUAAUAUGUUUCAACAGCAAAUCAGCAUAUCAGAAUGAUUUCUGAAGGAUCAGGUGACACUAAAGACUGGAGUAAUGAUGCUAAAAAUUUAGCUUUGAUCACAGGAAUAAAUUACAUUUUAAAAUAUAUUCAAACAGAAAACAUUUAUUUUAAAUAGUAAACAUAUUGAAGAAUUUUACUGUUUUUGCUGUACUUCAAUAUAAAUGCAUAAAUGCAAUAAAUAAACGCAGGCUGAAAUGCAUUGGCUAUAUAUGUAGUAUUAUUCCCUGUAUUUGUGAAGUCUAACAAUAAAAC